AUGACCUUCAACAACAAAAGUUCAUUUGCAUUAGUAUGUCGAAGCUUCAUUAAUGAUUCCUUUUCAUCUAAUAAUACUACAACUCCUUCCCAUUUAUCUUCACAAAUUUCUUCCUCCUCCUUUCCUCCUUCACAAUGCUCAUGUUUAUUAUAUCAUUUGAUAAGAAUUAAGAAACAAGGAUUUUGGUUGCCGAAACGAAUAGAUCGAGGAUAUGUGCGACCAAGACCACAACAUAUAAUUCACUCAAUAUUAUUACUAGCAGAUGCUUAUCCUAAUAUAAUAUCGGCUGAAAUCGGAAAUAUUUUACCACGAACAUUUGGAGCUUCAAUUUCUGUGAUGUAUCCGUUGAGUAUUGCAUAUUCAACCUCUUCAUUUGAAAUUAAUCCCACCCCAACCCAAACCACCAAUAACGAUUCCUCACUUUCUCGCCAAACUUCUUCAUUUAGUUCUAUCUUCUCCAAUCGUCAAUCCGUACUCAUUGAUAUCUUCUUUUUCUUUUUAUUUAUUUCACCAUUUAUAAUUUUUAUAACUUUUUCAAUAUUAACGGGAUAUUAUGCUGAUAACGGAGUAUGGUUUAAAUUGAUUAAGGUAGUUGUUGGUGGAAUUAAUUUAUUACGACUACGUUAUAAUGAUGAUGAAAGGAAUAGAGAGGUGUAUCUAAAAAUGGAACAAUUGAAACGUGGACGUAAUGACCUCUCGCUUCCACUAAUGGCUCAAUUAAUAAUCGCCUUAAUACAACUUCCUGUUUUAACAAUUUAUGGCCUCGAUUAUCGAAUAAUUAACAUUGUUCAAUGGAUAAUGAUUUAUAAUAUUUUAAUAACUUCCCCAACACAAAACUUCUCAAAAAAAAAACAUGCAUUAAUAACCAACAAUCAACAUCAUUUUUCACUUCAAUUGGAUAGGAAUAAUUCACCGACUUGUUUUGAUAACGAACUUGAAGAAGAAAAACAUUAUCCACUGGAAGAUUCUUCAUUCGAUGAAAGAUCUAAAAUGCAUUUAAUGAAUGAACAACAUAUCAUGAGAAUUAAUACUGAUACAGAACCAAUUGAACAGUUAAAUCAUUCGUUAUCAUUAUAUAGUAAUAAGCGUUAUUCCAAUGAUUCAGAUUCAGAGUCAAAACACAAUAAACACCAUCAUAAUAAAUCACAAUCUAAGUCGAAACUUCAAAUGCAACAACAAAAUCAAAAGGAUAAGAGAGCAAGCGAUAUUAUUUCCAUAUCUGACCAAAAUGAUAUUCAAGAAAGGAAAUAUAAUUAUUAUUUUGAUUCUGAAGGAUAUGUUCGAAGAAAUUGGGAAUUUGAGGGAAAUUAUUCUGAAGUUCAAAAAAUUGAAAAAAAGGAAGAAUAUAUAGAAGAAAAGAUACGAAAAAUUGAAUCAAUGAAUACAUUUAAAAGAGUGCAACAAUUAAUAUAUAAUACUAAAAUAAUUAAUACUGAAGAUUCCCAAAUUAUUUCAAAUUUAUCAUCUCCAUUAUCACCAACUUCAACAAUAUUAUCACCAACCUUUCCUAAAAUAUUAUCUCCAAUAACAACAGACAUUUCCUUUCCAGAAUCAUUGAAUUUAUCAACACCAACACCAACACCAACACUUUCAACAGCCACCAUUUCAUCAUUUCCAAAUUUUUCCUCCUCUAUCCCAAAACAAAAUAAAUUUUCAUCAUUUGUUAAUAAUCUAAAGUCACCUAAAUAUUUUCGCCGACAAUCAGAUUCAACUAUAUUGAUCUUGUAUUAUGAUGAACCAGAAUAUAUUUAUGACUUCAAUAGUUCUGAAGAUAAUAUUGAUAAUAUCAAAAAUUCUAUUGAAGAGACUAUAGAAAAUGAUGAUAAAAGGUUUAGUAUAAUGUCUGACACUCCUACAUUAACAAAUACAUCUACCAAUCAUAAUUUUGGAGGUGGAAAGAAAAAUUUAGGACAUAGGCAUAGUGUUAGCAUUGGAUCAAUAAUUAAAAGAAAUGGUAGUAACAAUUUUAGACUAUUUUCGGGUGGUGGAUUUGGAAAAAGUUUUAUUAAACAAUCAAAAAGUGUAACAAAUGAAACAAAUGAAACAAAUAUAGAUGAAAUAAUAGACAUAACAAGUUCAAAUACAAGUACAAGCAAAAGUGAUUAUUUAUCUCGUCCACGUCCAAGCUAUCAUAUUCAUCAAAGAAGUUUAAGUUCAGGUGAUAUAUUAAUUAAUGAAAAUAUGCCAAAUUAUCAUCGUCGAAGAUCUGAAACCAUGACGGCAUCGACUUCAACUAUGCCCAUUAUAUUUAAUAGCUUAACACACCCUUCACAAAAUAGUGCAAAUAAUAAAAAUGUUGAUGAAACAAGAAAUGAUAAUAGAAAUGACGAUAAGGUUGAGGGUGUUCCAAGUAAUUUAAGAAAGGAAUGGUUAUUAAAAAAGCCAACACGUGCUAUAAUAAGACCUCAAAGAACUGAAAGUUUUUGA